UUCAGAUCAGAGCAGUUAUUUGAUCACAUUCAUCACAUUUCCUUCAGAUAACACUUGAGAAAACUUUGGUCUGUGUUUUGUUCGAUGUUCAGCAGCAGAAUCACUUCACAGACGUUCAGCAGCUUCAUGACGAUCAUUUCCUGCCUUCACAAGCAGGUGGCACUCUGCUAUGAAUCAGAUCAAGGCCAGUAAAGAGGAAGCUCCGCCCUCUAAAACCACUCUGUGUGAGGAACAUGAGGGUCAGAGGAGGAUCCAUCAACAGAGAUCAGUCUCUGCCAGACCUGGACCCAGCUGUGUCUCCAUGUCGAGUGACUGGUCCAUGGAUGAACCAUUGAAGUUCGAACAAGAACAGAGUAGGAGGAUCCAUCAACAGGGACCAGACUCUGCUGGACCUGGACUUGGACCUGGACCCAGCUGUGUGUCCAUGAAGAGUGACUGGUCCAUGGAUGAACCUUUGAAGUUCGAACAAGAACAGAGUAGGAGGAUCCAUCAACAGGGACCAGACUCUGCUGGACCUGGACUUGGACCUGGACCCAGCUGUGUGUCCAUGAAGAGUGACUGGUCCAUGGAUGAACCUUUGAAGUUCAAACAAGAACAGAGUAGGAGGAUCCAUCAACAGGGACCAGACUCUGCUGGACCUGGACUUGGACCUGGACCCAGCUGUGUGUCCAUGAAGAGUGACUGGUCCAUGGAUGAACCUUUGAAGUUCGAACAAGAACAGAGGUCAGAUGAUGGAGGGUGGAGGUCUUCACAGGUCAACAACUCAAAUGAUCCACCAUGUAGCACCAGAGACACCUAACAUUUGAGAAUUCAGACCCAGACCCAUGCAGACCCAAGACAUUCUGGACCCAAGUCCCAAACAGACCUGUCCCCAUUUAAUCUCAGAUCUGGACCCAUGAAAAAAUAAGAAAUGUUGAAUAAAUGUGGAACAGUCCUGGCUCACAUGCUUGGGUUUUG